ACAUUACCCAGAAAGCAUUGCAAUAACAGGCGGCGCUACAGAGUCAUGCAAGCAGCGGAACUGUAGCUCUAACUUUAAUCAUUUCAUUUUUGCCGAGGCUAGGCGAAUAAACUACAGUCAAGGUGGUAGUUUUAGUAUUAUUUAAAUAUCUCUAUAAUAAAAUGCAAUAUUAUAAUCGUCACGGCGCGUCAAAAUAAGUAUUGUUAGCUAGUUCUUUAUAAAGUUUUUAAAGGGGCUUAGCUUAUAUUAGCAUAGCAUCAGCUAACAGCUGCGUGGAUGUGUACGCAGUUAGCCUGUAGCCGAACUACCUUGUCAAGAAUCAUCCCUCAGUACAACUGACUGUCCGACCCCGGUCCAAUCCGAUCCGGUACUUUCGUGGGAAGAGUGGACAAGCUGUCUGUCAAGUCAAAUGUUGAGGUUUUACUGAACAGUGGACAAUGGAUCAGGACAACAACUCGGAGGAUGACUCAGUUGGCCAAGCAGAAGAUGAUACACAACCUCCAUUUCCUCUUGGACUCUCAGACUCUGAGGCAGUGGAAGUGUUGUGGCAAAUGCGUACCCAGCGCCGACAGACGGAGCCAGAUCUGCCGGACACCGUGACGCGUCUCGCCACACCUGAGGGCAGUAUUGUGUACCUGGUUGGCACUGCCCACUUCAGCGACAGCAGCAAGAAGGAUGUUACCACUACAAUCCGAGCGGUACAGCCAGAUGUUGUGGUGGUGGAGCUAUGCCAGUAUAGAGUAUCCAUGCUUAAGAUGGAUGAGAAGACGCUGCUAAAAGAGGCUAAAGACAUUAACUUGGAGAAGGUCCAGCAGGCCAUUAAACAGAAUGGAGUGAUGUCUGGCCUCAUGCAGAUCUUGCUGCUCAAAGUCUCGGCUCACAUUACAGAACAGCUGGGCAUGGCCCCCGGAGGAGAGUUUAGAGAAGCCUUUAAGGAGGCAGGAAAAGUGCCCUUCUGUAAAUUUCAUCUUGGGGAUCGGCCCAUUCCAGUAACCUUUAAGCGUGCAAUAGCUGCUCUCAGCCUGUGGCAGAAGGCUCGUCUGGCCUGGGGCCUGUGCUUCCUCUCUGACCCCAUCAGCAAGGAGGAUGUAGAGAAAUGUAAACAAAAGGACCUUCUGGAGCAGACCAUGUCAGAAAUGAUUGGCGAGUUCCCAGCCCUCCACCGCACUAUUGUUGCAGAACGAGACAUCUACCUCACACACACACUUAGACAAGCAGCGCGCUGUGUGGAGGCCCCUCCUAACGCUGAGAAAGUGCCUGCUGUGGUGGUUGGAGUGGUAGGCAUGGGUCAUGUUCCUGGUAUUGAGAGGAACUGGGAUGAAGAGCUCAAUAUUCAUGAGAUCAUGAGCGUGGCUCCACCAUCUCGAUUUGGCUGGGUAGUACGCAAUGUGUUGAAAGGAGCCAUGUGGGGGCUUCUGGGUUAUGCCUGCUUCCGUGCCAGCAAGGGUGUGGGGAGGGCGUUACUGUCCUUUCCGACAGUCCAAUCGUUGUUUGAAAAUAUACGAACACCUUCCGUUUGACUUUUUUAUUUUUUUUUUUAUCGGCACAGACUUUUCAGCAGUGAUAUCAGGAUGUCACACUGAACACCAAUAGCCUUAACUACAGGAUGGUGGUUGGGUGAAGGGGAAAAUUAUAGGCAAACAUUGUCUCCAUCCCAUAUGAAAUAAACAAUAUGGGUAGAAGCUUUUGACUAGCUCUCUACCUCCUCAACCCUCUGUCCAUCCAUCCGCUCUGUGGAUGCAGAGCUGUACUGCCAAAGAAAUCGGACCGUGCUUUCAUUCCCCUUUUCUUCAUUCUUAAAGUAUGACCUACUAGAAAAUGAGCUGCAGCGGGAUUUCCCACCUAAUCGUGGGAAAACUUGAAUUGAAGUUUUAUUUUGCUGUGAUUUACUCUGGCUCCUGCAAAUAGUUGAUGCAUUUUGUUUCCCAGCAGUCCAGUGUUGUUUUUCCCUGAGAGUCAACGUUUUAAUCUGCGACCUAAUGUGUAGUUCAUUAAGAAUGAAUGAUAAAGACACCUUUUUUUUAAUUAAUGGAACAAUAUCACAGAAUUAAUUUUGAAACCCUGAAUUGCACAAUAGGACCAUUUGUGAAGAAAAGCAUUACUCAGAUUUUAUUAAAACUAAGUAUAAUUUGAUGUUAAAUACAUGUAAUGAACAUCGGGAAAAUUAUUACGACCAAAGUAUUUUUGGUUUCACUGAUUGAAUUUGUAUGUUUCUGACAAAAAAGACUUUAAAUGCCUGGAACUGAAACAACUGCACACAGUGUUUAACAUCCAGUAAUGGGGGGGGGGAAGCAUGGUUGCUUGGUUUUUCUAGUUACCUGAUAAGCCCAACAUAAACUUUGCCCAUGCUAGCUAUCAAGUGCCUCCUACCACAUGUCCUGGAAGGGCUAAAAGGAAUAGAGACUGGUCAGGGUGUUUUACUCUCGCUCCAUAUGGUCAUAAUAAAUGGGUACUAUUAAAUCUGGGGUCCUCUGUUUUUCUCUCACAGUUUCAUAAUUGGUUCUUGCUAAUGGGAAGUUUCUAGAAAUUAGUGAAUUAUGCAAUUAAUUAGACAAGCUGCAUUGUGUUUAUGCAAAAUUUUGUUGUAAGAUGAGAAAUCAAGUUAUUUAUUUUUUUAUUUUUUUUAAGAAAUUAACAUCUGUUCCCCUGAAAUUAAGUAUUUUCAUUACUGUUUUUGCUACUGUUUAUAGAAGAGGAGUUGGGCCUAAAGAUUAAUUUCACUAAACUGGAAACAAACUUAAUGUUAAUGCUUACAGUAUGGUAAUACUCUAACAUGUAAAAUGAAAUGUGAUCUUUUUCAAUUUAAAAGACCUUUAAAAUAGUUGAUCAUAAUUCACCACACUAACUUAAAACAUGAAUCACAUGAGACCGUCAUAAUGACUUGAAACUGUAAGUGUAGAGAAACCAAGAAUAAGUGUAGAGAACCAUUAAAGAAGGUAGAGUUGACAAGCAAAUGCUUAUAACAGAAAAGCCAUCAAUGCUUCACAUCUUUACUUGUUUUUCCAUGUAGCUUUUUAUAAUGUGUCUUAUAGGGUGACUGAAAAUCAGUUUUAAAUGUGGCAUCUAGGUCACAGGCACAUCUGAAGCACAUAACACUUAAGUGUUGCGGGGAAUGCUAAUGCCUUCUGUUCUUUUAAAUGUUUAGAUGCUGAAUGGAAAAUGCUCUGUUUUGAACUAUAGUGGGGCUCAAAUUAAGAUGUGAUUAAAGCUUUGCAUGCAUGCCAUGUGCAUUUACAGGUAUGCUGGAGAAGGAAAUGACUACGGAUGUAUCUGCAUGAUUCCUUGUCUAGAUGGUUUGUUGGGAUUAUUUAAUUGGGAUUUUUUUUACAACACAUUGUAAUGGUUUGAAAUAUAUAUUAGCAUUCUGAGAUAUUUGUCAGUGCCCUGGUGCUUAAUGAGCAUUUCUAUUUGUAUAAUAGUCCCUGCAUUUAAAUUUGAUCGUAAUGGAUCAAGGUGGUUGCAAACUAAUUAAACCGGUUGACUAACUGAUUGGUGUAAUACAAUGUAUUU